GUAUAAAAGGGCGAUGGCGAAAGCCUUAGCCUUACAAGUCACACCAUAAUCUUCAACAUUUCAUAUCAGAACUCAUUGAAAGAAACAUAUAUAUAAGUUUUGAACUUGGCUACUGUUUAAACAAAAAUGCCGUCGUCCGAUAUUUGCAAGCUGGAGACUGACGUAGAAAUCAAGGCUUCUGCUAAAAAAUUCCAUGACAUGUUCAGGCAUAAACCACACCAUAUCCACCAUGCUAGCUCUGACAAGGUUCAGGGUUGUGACUUACUCGAAGGUGAAUGGGGCCAAGUGGGGUCUGUCGUUUGCUGGAAAUUCUUCUAUGAGGGGAAAGCUAAAGUGUCAAAGGAAAUAGUGGAAGCCAUAGAUGAGGAGAAGAAUUUAAUCACAUUCAAACCGAUUGAAGGAGAUCUUCUGGAACACUACAAGAGCAUGAAUUUCACAAUUCAAGCUACUCCCAAAACUGAUGGCAAGGGAAGCGUAAUACACUGGACUAUCGAGUACGAAAAGCGCCAUGACGAAGUCCCAGACCCGCACCCCAUGAUUGAGUACCUCGAGGAUCUUUCUAAAGAUCUCGAUGUUCAUCUUCUCCAGGAUAUAUAUAUAGCCAAACCACAAAUCUAAAGCUGCAACGUUUAUGGCCCUCUAAAUAAUGUAAGGUUUGAGUAUAUUUGUAUAAAUAGUUGGUCGUAAUACGUCGUUUGGCAUGAUGAUCUUGUUAUCAUGAUACGUAAUUACUUGCUAUAUAUUGUUAUCUCUAUAUGUGUAUUUGAGUGUUCAUGCACGUUUAUGUUCUUGCCUUUAUUUGGAAAUAUAUUCCAGUACGUAACUGUUUACUUCUUUAUGUAAUUCUCUCUCCUAGCAAAAAUGCUUCUCAGGCGUCAAUUUUGGGAAGUUGGUUUUCUGCAUAA